UUGGAUUGAAGGUGCCAGGCACUGUUUCGUCAAAAUGAUUGUUGGGGGUGACUAUUUUGAAGGCUCCCAUGAUCACAAUCUCAUGACAGGAUCUUUGACCCAUGAUUCCUCUCUAGCUCCAAAAUGCAACGACAGCAUAAAUAUCGAGCUACAGAGAUUCAAAGUGCACUCGUUUUCUGCAGAAGUUCUUUCUGAUUCGACCAAUCUUUCUUCUGAAGCUGCAAGAGCAAUCAACCACCUUCAGCAUCAACUAGGAAUUGAUUUGGAGCAGGAUAUGCCAUCAGUGGAAACUGCACCCUGGGAUACUUCUAUCUGCACCAUUCAAGACCAAAUCAUCAACCAUCAGCUUAGCGAAGAUCCACAAAACAUAUUGGUGCAACAACAGAUUCAACAGUAUGACGCUGCACUUUAUCCAAACAGUGCUUACACACCAGCGCCUGAUCUCUUAAACCUUCUCCACUGCACUGUGGCUCCAGUGUUCCCUGCAACAACAUCAGUCUUUGGUGAUACAGCACUAAGUGGUACCAGCUAUUUGGAUCUCAAUGGUGAGUUUACAGGAGUGGCAGCAAUUACUGACAGUGGAUUAAUGUACACUAGUGAUCCGGCCUUGCAGUUAGGGUACCAUGCUACCCAGUCUCAUGGACUAAAGGAUAUCUGCCAUUCACUGCCACAAAAUUAUGGGUUGUUUCCCAGUGAGGAUGAAAGAGAUGUCAUGCUUGGGGUUGGAAGCAUCGGAGGAGACCUUUUUCAGGAUAUGGAUGACAGGCAAUUUGAUACUGUACUGGAGGGCAGAAGAGGGAAGGGUGAGUUCGGAAAGGGAAAAGGAAAAGCUAACUUUGCGACUGAGAGAGAGAGGAGGGAACAGCUAAAUGUGAAGUAUAAGACUUUAAGAAUGCUCUUCCCCAAUCCUACCAAGAAUGACAGGGCUUCAAUAGUAGGGGAUGCCAUUGAAUACAUACAUGAGCUGAACCGAACAGUGAAGGAACUGAAGAUCCUAGUGGAACAGAAGUGGCAUGGGACUAACAGGAGAAAGAUAAGAAAGUUGGAUGAAGAGGCGGCUGCUGAUGGUGAAAGCUCAUCGAUGAGGCCAAUGAGGGAUGAGCAAGACAAUCAGCUUGAUGGGGCCAUAAGAAGCUCAUGGGUUCAGAGGAGGUCAAAGGAAUGCCAUGUUGAUGUUCGCAUAGUGCAAAAUGAAAUAAACAUCAAGCUCACAGAAAAGAAGAAGGCCAACUCCUCCCUGCUUCAUGUUGCAAAGGUUCUUGACGAAUUCCAUCUUGAGAUCAUCCAUGUGGUUGGAGGGAUUAUUGGUGAUCACUACAUAUUCAUGUUUAACACUAAGGUGCCUGAAGGUUCCUCGGUUUAUGCUUGUGCAGUGGCAAAGAGGAUCCUUCAAGCAGUGGAUGCACAACACCAGGCGCUUGACAUAUUCAACUAGGCCGUAGCAACUAUUUGAAGAAGUUCCUAGUCUACUACUCUCCCUGGAGACAGUAGUAAUUUUAUUUUCUGUUAGUUCUGUCCGUGAGCAAAGUUAUUAGAUCGGGCUUGGAGAGGACUUUGUCUCUUCCAUUAGCUAGCUCGGAAAACUAAAAAUCUGGCAUGUAUUAACCGUUUACUGGUAUCACUUAUCCAGCUUUGCUAGAAAUGCUUUGAUUCUUUUGUCUCGGUAUUUGCUUGCAUCGUCUUUUCAUCUCAUUUCAUUGGCUUCGAAAUAUAGUAGAAGAUGAUGAUGAUUUACACAUGUUUGCAUAGCUUUGUUCGCUUCUUUACAGAAAGCAUCUUAGAGCAUUCCCUGGUAUCACAUCUUAUAGGACACUACAUGCAUACGAGAACUUUGCAGAGAUCAAAAUCUGUGCAUAGCAUUUACAUGCUGGCUCGAAUCGUUAGGAAAUCGGCUCACACACUGCAUUGCGCAUGAUAACUUGUGCGUACGGGAGUAUUGCCGCCCAACAGUUGUUCUACCUGAAUCAUAUCCUUGGUCCAGAACCAUGGUCUCAGCUAUAAGACGAGAAAAAAAUCGAUGGUAGUAGGAUCUUACAUUGUCACUACCAUGCCAUCACAGAGUGAGGCCGCGAGCAACAGACACCAAACAAUGCGAAUGUAUGACAAUCCAACGCUGCAAGGAAAAGGAGAGAGGGGAAAUAGCUCAGCAUCCUCACCUCGCACCAAUGGAAUGCCCCCAUCCAUCCGUGCCAA